AUGUCAACGACUAUAACUAGUCGUCGAGCUCAUGCUCAUGCUGCUGGUGGUGGUGGUGGAUGUGAUGGAUAUUUAGGGCAAGAUCAAAUUGAAUCAGCUAAUGCUCAAUUAAAUUCUACACGAGCACAACGUAUUCGAGCUGCUAUAUUUCCUGAAAUAACGGAUGAUAAUAUUUCGAAUUGUUUAACUUCUUCACCAAUACCUACAACACAAUAUCUUAAUGGACAAACAACAGCUGUACAAAAACUUUGUGAAUCAUCUCAAUUAUUAAAAAAUGCUGUUGCUGAUAUUAUUAAUUAUAAAGAUGAUGCGGAAAUAACGGAAAAAGCUUUACCGGAAUUACUUCGUUUAAUUAAUGAUAAUGAUCCAAUUAUUGCUGGACAAGCAUCCUUAGUUUUACAUACAUUAGCAAAAAAAGAAUCGAGUAGAUGUGUUUUAGCUACAUCACAAGUAAUGCAAGCUUUACUUCAAGCCAUAUCAAAUCCACGUGCUAAUGAUGAAACCCAUCGUGGUCUUGCUGGUGUACUACAUUGUUUAUCUCAGUAUAAACAAGGUCUUUGUGUUAUAUACAAAGGAUGUGGUAUUCCAAUUCUUGUUAAACUUCUUGAUUCAUCAAAUGAAUCAGUAGUUAAUUAUGCAUUAACAGCAUUACAUAAUUUAUUAUUAUAUAUUGAACAAGCUAAAUGUGAGAUACUUCGUUGUUGUGGUUUGCAGAAAAUGAUUGUACUAUUAAAUAGUACUAAUCUAAAAUUUUUAGCAAUUCUUAUUGAUUGUCUUCAUAUGUUAGCAUAUAAUAAUGAAGAAGUUAAAUUAAUUAUUGAAGCAAGUAAUGCUCCACAACAAUUAUUAAAUAUAUUAGAUAGAACUAACUAUGAAAAACUUAUAUGGACAAUAACACGUUUACUUCGUGUUUUGUCAACAUGUUCAUCAUUAAAAAUAAUGUUAGUAUCAAAAAAUACAGUACAAAUUUUAGAAAAACAAUUAUAUCAACCAAUAAGUUUACGUGUACAACAAAAUUGUUUACAAAUUCUUCGAAAUUUAUCUGAUCAAGCCGUUAAAUUAGAAAAUCUCGAUUCACUUAUACGUUUACUCAUUGAUCUAUUACGAACAAAUGAUUUCGUAACUGUUUCAUGUUCUGUUGGUAUCCUAUCAAAUUUAACAUGUAAUAAUCAAUAUAAUAAAUCGAUUCUUGUGCAAUCUAAUGGUGUACAUGCACUUAUAAAUACAAUCAUUCAUGGUCAUGAUAAAGAAGAAAUUAUUGAACCAGCUAUAUGUGCAUUAAGACAUGUAACAUGUCGACAUUCACAUGCAAAUGAAGCACAAAAUGCUAUACGAAAUAUACGUGGAUUUUUACCAAUUGUUGAUCUACUUAAUCCAACAAUAUAUUCAUGGCCUAUAAUAAAAUCAACAAUAAGUUUAAUAAGAAAUUUAGGUUUAUCAAAAGAUAAUCUUCCACUUUUACGUGAAACAAAUACAAUAGAAAAAUUAGCACAAUUGCUUCUUCAAAGCUAUGAACAAUUAGGACAUCAACAAUCUACUAAUAAACAAUUUUGUGAUAAUUAUGCACGAAUGGAUGAUAUUGUUGAAGGUUGUCUUAAUGCAUUACAUAUUUUUGCAAAAGAUCAACAAAAUAGAAAUAUUAUACGAGAUUUAGAUUGUAUACCAUUAUUUGUUCGAUUACUCCGUCCACCAACAAAUGUAGGUAUUCAACGUGCAACUACAGCUGUUUUAUGUGAACUGGUUAAUGAUCGUUUAUGUGCUGAAUUAAUUGAACAACAAACUUGUACACAAAUAUUAACAGAUUUAUUGAAAUCAAGUGAUGAAGGUGUUGCAACAUAUGCAGCAGCAAUUUUAUUUCGUUUAUCUGAUGAUAAACCAAAUGAUGGUCUAUCAGGAUAUCAUCAUGAAGAACAUACAGUCAAGAAUCAUUAUACUUCGAAAAAAGAAACAUAUUCAACACCAUAUCGACGAUCACCACCGCCAAUGCAUGAUGUACCUGCAAUAAAUUAUUAUGCAUCUGAAGGUUCAGCUGGUAGUGGUCUUGGUGGUUUCGUAGAUAAUCAAAAUCCACAAACAGCACCUUGUGAUGUUAAUAUUGAAGAUAAACCAUUAGGACGCAUCGUAUUUCUACUCUACAAUGAUGUUGUACCAAAAACAGCUGAAAAUUUUCGAGCUUUAUGCACAGGUGAACGAGGUUUUGGCUAUAAGGAUUCAACAUUUCAUCGAGUAAUUCCACAAUUUAUGUUACAAGGUGGAGAUUUUGAACGACAUAAUGGUACAGGUGGAUACAGUAUCUAUGGUGGUAAAUUUGAAGAUGAAAAUUUUCAACUUAAACAUACAAAAGAUGGUUUACUUUCAAUGGCAAAUGCAGGCAAAAAUACAAAUGGUUCACAAUUUUUUGUUACAACAGUACAAACACCAUGGCUUGAUGGUAAACAUGUUGUCUUUGGUGAAGUGACUGAUGGAAUGGAUAUUGUUCGAAAAAUUGAAGCUUUAGGUUCACAAUCUGGUAAAACACAAAAAAGAAUUACAAUUGCAAGUUGUGGUGAAUUAGAUCGUUAA